AUGCCAGAACGCCGACAGGCAACCGCGACGACAGCAACCCACCCACGAACGGGAGUUCGUCGCAACCUAUUCCACCACCAACUCUCCCGGCGACCAACAACUUCCUCUACCUCCACUUCCGCAGAAACACUGCAUUUAGACGCGAACGAGAAUGACGAUAUGGAUAACUCGGAUAUUGUGAUAAGGAAUCAGAAUGGGGAAUUUGAAAUUGGGGAUCCACCGAUGCAAUCUUUUGACGAGAGCGAAGAAGGAGGGGGAGAUACAAUCGACGACGAGAAGGAACGGCAGAGGUUGAAGGAAGCUGUCAAGCAUCAUAGGGAUCGGAAUCGCGCUCCAAGUGAGCCUGCAGAACUCUUGGAAGCUGUAAGGGCAAGUCUCCGUACAAAAGUUAUGAAUUUGGCAGAAGAUAACUGGAUGUAUGAGCCAGAGGAAGAAGCACCUGUUCGGUAG